AUGGGUAAUACUUGUGUUGGACCAAGUAGAAAUGGUUUCCUUCACUCUGUUUCUGCUGCUAUGUGGCGGCCACGAGAUGCAGAUGACUCUGUUUCUCAGAGCAAUGGAGAUACUGCAAGUGAAGCUGUUUCAGGAGAGCUUCGUUCUCCAUCUUCAUCUGAUCAAGUCCUGAAUAAACCUCCUGAACAGCUCACUAUGCCAAAGCCAGGGGAGACUAACAUUGAGAUAAAGGCCAAAGAUGAUGUAAAGAUUCAGCCUGAAAGCAAGCUGGAAACACAAGAGGAGACCAAGGAAGAGACCAAACCAGAGACUAAGGAGGAGACCAAGCCAGAGACUAAGGAGGAGACAAAUGCUAAUGCUCCGGAUAAGCCUAAGAAGCCCAAAAACAUGAAGAGAGUGACCAGUGCAGGUCUCAGGACUGAGUCAGUCUUGCAAAGGAAAACUGAAAACUUUAAGGAGUUCUAUUCCUUAGGAAGGAAACUAGGACAAGGGCAAUUCGGGACUACUUUUCUAUGCGUGGAGAAGGCCACAGGGAAGGAGUUUGCCUGCAAGUCCAUUGCUAAGAGGAAGCUGUUGACUGAUGAAGACGUGGAAGAUGUGAGAAGAGAGAUUAGGAUAAUGCAUCACUUGGCUGGUCAUCCAAAUGUUAUAUCCAUCAAAGGAGCUUAUGAGGAUGUUGUGGCAGUGCACCUUGUGAUGGAGUGUUGUGCAGGUGGUGAGCUUUUUGAUAGGAUUAUUCAACGAGGUCACUACACUGAGAGGAAAGCAGCUGAGCUGACUAGAACCAUUGUUGGAGUUGUGGAGGCUUGUCAUUCUCUUGGUGUUAUGCAUAGAGAUCUCAAGCCUGAGAAUUUUUUGUUUGUGAGUAAACAUGAAGAUUCCCUCUUGAAGACUAUUGAUUUUGGACUGUCAAUGUUCUUUAAACCAGAUGAUGUUUUUACAGAUGUUGUUGGUAGUCCAUACUAUGUAGCUCCUGAAGUUUUGAGAAAGCAGUAUGGUCCUGAAGCUGAUGUGUGGAGUGCUGGAGUGAUUGUCUACAUUUUGUUAAGUGGAGUUCCUCCUUUCUGGGCUGAGUCAGAACAAGGUAUUUUCGAACAGGUUCUCCACGGUGAUCUUGACUUUUCAUCUGAUCCCUGGCCGAGCAUAUCUGAAAGUGCAAAAGACUUGGUGAGGAAAAUGCUUGUUCGGGAUCCAAAGAAAAGACUAACUGCACACCAAGUUUUAUGUCAUCCAUGGGUACAAGUGGACGGUGUGGCGCCAGACAAACCUCUGGACUCUGCUGUUCUGAGCCGUAUGAAGCAAUUCUCUGCAAUGAACAAGUUCAAGAAAAUGGCUCUUAGAGUGAUUGCUGAGAGCUUAUCUGAAGAAGAAAUAGCCGGUUUGAAAGAAAUGUUUAAUAUGAUAGAUGCAGACAAAAGUGGUCAGAUAACUUUUGAAGAACUGAAAGCAGGACUAAAAAGAGUAGGUGCUAAUCUCAAAGAGUCUGAGAUUCUCGACUUGAUGCAAGCUGCUGAUGUGGACAAUAGUGGAACAAUAGACUACAAAGAGUUCAUAGCGGCAACAUUGCAUUUAAACAAAAUAGAGAGAGAGGACCAUUUGUUUGCAGCCUUUACAUACUUUGACAAAGAUGGGAGCGGUUAUAUCACACCGGACGAGCUUCAACAAGCUUGUGAGGAGUUUGGUGUUGAGGAUGUCCGCAUAGAAGAGAUGAUGCGUGAUGUUGAUGAAGACAAUGACGGGAGAAUAGACUAUAACGAGUUUGUGGCGAUGAUGCAAAAGGGAAGCUUGACAGGAGGAGGAGGUCCAGUGAAGAUGGGACUUAGAGAAAAGCUUUAG